AUGAAAAACGCGGCGGCCAUAGGCCAUCGACGGGCCUCCAAGCCCGUAGCUAGGGAUGCCCAUUAUAACGGCUCGGAUGCUGCGGUUGUGGCGGUGGCUGUCGCCUACCCAUCGUCGUCGUCCAAGCACCACCAAAGUCCCUUUGAGAAACUGAACACACUCAAACUUCUAUUCGAUUGCGGCCACUUGACCUCUGACGAAUACCAAGAACGCAAGACACAGAUUAUAAACGACAUGACGGGCACAUCGAUGGCGCGAAAACAAUCGCUUUCGCCCAGUUCCAGAAGAGCCGUGGCGGGGAAUGCUGAUCUGUUGCCUCCACCACUGCAACCUCUGCUCAAGACAGUUGUGCCUCAUGGUCCCCCGGAUUUUGCUCGCAUGCGAAAAGAACGGGCCGACAAGUUAAGCUUUGAUGUCGACACACUAGAGUGGCAUUCAACUCCAGUACGCGUCAAGCUAGACUUGGUGCCAUUUGCCACGGGAAAACUUCGAAAUGCUUACUACCUACAGGAACUUGGUGUCGAUGGGGGCUCACCACGAUUAUUUGUGGCAAAAGUGAGUCGUCGUGCUGCGGAGCCGAGCACGUAUCUAUGUGAUGUCGAGAUGCAAGCUGUUUGUGCUCAUUAUGCAGCCCUAUACAACGAACAUGAACCACCGCUGAAAGUGUGCUAUGCAAGAUCUUGGUUGCUAAAAUUAAGAGAUCGAGAGCGAGGGACUCUUGUCUGCUCUGUGGAAGAAUUUCUACCAGGUGCGUAUGUGAAAUACAGCAACAAUAACGGCUACGUCGGUCGAGAAACAAGCUCAACGGAAGAGCGAGAACGCAAUACGCCGCAGGCUUUUUCACACUUUUCCUUUGUGGCUUCGGAUUUCCAAUUGAUGAUUGUCGAUAUCCAAGGAGUUGCUGAUAGCUACACUGACCCGCAGAUCCACUCGGCAGAUGGCCGAGGAUUCGGUGUAGGGAACCUUGGAACUUUUGGUAUGGAAAAGUUUCUUGAAAGUCACCGGUGCAACGAGGUUUGUCGGUGGCUGGGUCUUCGCAGCAUUAACGAGCAGUACAAAUCAGGCGGAACGGCUGCUCCAGGAUACGAAAUGCCUUUUGGAAGAGCUAUCAAAAAGUCUACGAAUCGGAUAACUGAGGAGCGUAACACGUUCUCGACUUCAGUUACAGUGAGCGAAGCAUUCGGAGACACUGCAACUACCGAUUGGACUGGACAUGACAUUUCUCGAUCAGUCAGUGAGGACGAAAAAGAUGAAGAUAGCGGAGAUGGCGGAGACGGCGAUGGCGGUAGGUGCCUAAAUUCAGCUUUAUUUGCUAACGUUGCAUCGGCUACAAUGUCACAGCUGGGAUCGCGGUAUGGUAAGCUGAAGAGACCAAAGCAGCUGUAUACCCCGUCUCCAGCCGCUGCAUGUGGUCUUACGAGUGGAAGGUCAGCUGGCAGAUCAAGUGACGACGAAAGUAGUGGCUACUUUUGUCACCCAUCACACCUCAGCAAAGGCGCCGGCGGCAUCGCAGGCAAUUCUGCAACUGGGGAAGUUAGUCUGUGGGCGUGCGUGAUCAGCACUUUAUUGUGCGGGUGUACAUAA